ACCCAAAUAAAUUGAAAAUAGACAAAAGAAAAAGAAACCCUUGCAACAAAACUUUCCGUCUCUUGGUGGCACUCUUCUAUAAUGUCUGAGUCAUGGAUGUUCGUGUCUUUUCCAAUCUGUGUCAGUGGAACCAGAGCACUGGGUUGAGAGGAGUUGUGCAUGGAUGCACAUUUGUGCCUGUGUGCAUGAUGGAGAGGAGGAGAGUGCGGCUGUGUGCCAGUGGAAUUGAGUGAGUCAGAGAGAGAUAGAGAGAGAGAAGUAGUGGAAUAGGAAUAGAGAGGGCAAGCUGACAGCACAGAAGAUGAUUAAGUCAGCAAGAGAAACAGAGAGCUGCUGGAUUGCAGCAGCAUUUGCAGCUCUUUAAUUUUUAGAGGAUUUAAAUAAAAUGUCGACAGUGCAUCCUUUUCUUAAAGCAUGCUGCAUGAUGGAUCUUCCCAUCAGCCUAAAAUGGUGGAUUAAUUUUUUGCUCUGCGCUCUCCUUUUUGGUUUUUCAUUUGGAGAAGUCCGUUAUGUUCUUCCAGAAGAGAUGAAGAAAGGUUCGGUUAUUGGGAAUGUUGCACUGGAUCUUGGGCUGCAGGUGUUGGAGCUUCAAGCACGUCGAGCCCGCGUUGUUGCCGAAGGGACCAGCCAGCUCUGUGAACUGGACACCACCGCCGGCAAUCUUCUGAUAAGCCAGCGAAUAGACAGAGAGGAGCUUUGUGCACAAGCCAACAUCUGCAUUCUACAGUUUCAGCUUUUACUCGAAGAUCCACUUCAAGCAUUCAGCUUAGUCUUGGAUAUCACAGACAUAAAUGAUAACAGCCCAGAAUUCACCACAGGGGAUGUAAAGCUAGACUUGGUUGAAUCUACUGUUGUAGGGAGGCGCUUUCCUUUGGAGAGCGCACAUGACCCCGAUUUGGGCAUCAACUCUAUCCGUGAAUAUAAGCUAAGCAACAAUGAUCACUUUGCUCUGGAAAUGAGCACGCAGAUAAAUGGCAACACUUAUCCAGAAUUAGUUCUUAAAAAGCAAUUGGAUCGGGAAGCAGAAGCCACACAUCUACUGGAAAUCAAUGGCAUUGAUGGGGGAAAUCCAGUCAGAUCAGGAACUGCCUUCAUCCGUAUCCAUGUUUUGGACGCCAAUGACAAUGUCCCAAUUUUUAGCCAAAGAGUUUACAAAGCAUCUGUGCCAGAGAAUUCAGCCAUAGGGACUCUUAUAACAACUUUAAAUGCCACGGAUUUAGAUGAGGGUGUCUACGGAGAGAUAACUUACUCCUUCAGUCACCUGUCCGACAAGAUGGGAGGAAUUAUUGAAGUCAGCGCUCUGACUGGAGAGGUUCGGGUGGCAGGUGUUAUUGACUAUGAGGAAGCAAGCUCCCAUGAGCUGGGAGUUCAAGCCAAAGAUGGAGGUGGUCAGGCUUCGCACUGUAAACUUGUAAUUGAUGUAAUUGAUUUGAACGAUAAUAAACCAGUGAUAGAAAUAAAGUCAGCAUCUGCUAACGUUGCAGAGGUCGCCAAACCAGGAACUAUGGUUGCCCUGAUGAAUAUUUACGACAUGGAUACUGGCAGCAGCGGGCGUGUCACAUGUUCAAUCCCAAACAAUGUUCCAUUUAAACUAGAAUCCGAGGUCAAAAACUAUUAUAUGUUAGUGACUGAUGGCGUGCUGGACAGAGAAUUUCAACCAGAGUACAACAUUACAGUCACCGCCACUGAUUCAGGUUCACCUUCACUCUCGAGUGUAAAAGUUAUUACAGUCGUGGUUAAUGAUGUAAAUGAUAACCUCCCAACAUUUACGCACUCCCAAUACAAUACCAACAUUCUAGAAAACCAGCCAGUGGGCACAUUUGUGAUAAAACUCGAAGCACAGGAUAGUGAUGAUGGAAUUAAUGCUAAAAUACUUUACCACAUAUCAAAGGACACAAAUUCAGAGGUGUCAUCUUUUCUUACCAUUAACCCAGAUACAGGGGAGCUCUUUACAUCACGUUUGUUUGAUUACGAACAGUCUGCCCACUUCCAAAUAAAGGUAGCAGCUCAAGAUGGAGGUGAUCCUCAACUUUCCACCACCUGUACUGUAAAUGUUUUUAUUCAGGACCAAAAUGACAAUGAACCUGUAAUCCUGUACCCUGUCCAAACCUCUGGAUUCAUUGCAGAAGAUGUGGUUCCAUUUGAAGCGCCUAGAGGUUACCUGGUUACUAAGGUAGUGGCUGUUGAUGCAGAUAGUGGCCAUAACGCAUGGCUCUCCUACAGAAUAAUCAAAGCAACCCGGUCCAAUCUGUUUAUGGCAGACCUGCAUACAGGUGAAAUCAGAACUCUGCGGACAUUUAUGGAGGAAGACGAAUCCAAACACACUCUUGUAGUGUUGGUAACUGAUAAUGGGCGUGAAUCACUUUCCGCUACUGCAACGGUCAGCAUAACAUUUGGAGACGGGGUGCCUGUCUUAAGCGAACUUUAUGAGUUUGCAGAUGAGUCACAGGACAAUGAUAACUUAACGCUCUACUUGAUAAUCGCUCUAUCGACUGUUUCAUUUCUUUUCGUCUUGUUAAUCAGUGGUGUGCUUUAUUUUAAUCUCUGUCGGCGCAGCUAUGUUUACCGUUCAAAUACAAGCAGUCUCCCCGUUUUCCCCACGACAUACUGCACCUCUACACUUACUGAUUUCAGCCGGUGCGGAACCUUGCUGAGAGAAGAUCGAUACGACCCUUUUAUGACCACGGGUUCGUGGCGAGGCGAUUUUCGUUUCGGGUCAAAUACAGACACUGACACGCUCAAGAAAAGAAGCGCAGCUUAUCAAAAGAGUACAAUGAGGCACCUAAGUGCAGAGAGGCCCAGUCUGAAGGUCAGAGCAGGACCAACGCAUCCGUGUUAUGUGAUAAAAUGAGAAUUAAAGGAAAACGUCAUGAAGUUGUUUAGGGUAAAUUUACCUUGACUUUCCUGACAAGUAUAUUCAGUUUACCAGAGCUGGAUUUACUCAUUUGGGGACCCAAGUCAAAAUACAACCAUGGGGCGCCCCACUUUACUUUUAUGUUAUUUUUCAACACUUUGAAUUAAACAUUACUUGUUUGUAAUUUACGAUAACCAUUUUCUCUAAAUCUGUUUAUAGUUGUUUGGGUUAAGGACUGUAGGAUCUUCGUUCACCUAUUCAAAAGGUCCAGCUGUUUCUGGGAAGUGCUGCUAGAUUUUUCUUGAUAUUGGUAAAAGGUACAUGUUAGCAACCAAGGAUAAUAACAGCUGACAGCAUAAUACCUUACCAAUGUUAAAAAAAAGGUUUUCAAACCAAUAAGAGUUUGCCAAUAAUGUAAUAAGUUAAUAUGUUAUUUGCUGGUUAUCACAUAAUUUGCUUAUUAACAGGACAUAUAGAGCACUCUAUUUAAAAAAAUAUAUUUUUGCAGUAGGUAUAGUGGAUGGCAUAGUCAUCAUAUUCAGAGCUAACUGAUUAACACAAUGUUUUAGAAUAUUGCUCAUUUUCUUGGAUUUCUAAAUUAAAAAUGUUAUGUAUGGAGAGAUAUUUAAUGAAUUACUGUGCAGUGCAUUGGGUAGUUAGAUUACUCUUUGGAAUUUCCUUGUGUUCAAGAAGAGAACAGUGGUCUUAUUACCAUUUAUGUUACACAUUUCUUACCCUUUUAAGCAACAAAUGCUUAAUCCUUAGUGUGGAUCUAAAAUCUGCAAAAAAACAAACUUUUAUUUUCAAGAAAUACAACCCUAUUUAUGUAUAACACCAUUGUCAACUACAGUUAUUACCAUUUCAAAGUAUUUUUUUUUAUGCUAUGGCAAUAAUACAAAAGUAAUUUGAUAACUUGUCACUAUAUUGACAUACUGCUACUAUAUUAUUGCCUCAAAAACCUUUAUUACAAUAUUGGCAAGUUAAUACAUCGUUGAUUGCAAUUACAUUUAAACUGUCCAUAAUUAUAAUAUCAUUGGCAAAUAUUAUGUUAUUGAUCAGUAUCACAUUGUUGGUUUCAACAAUGCAUAUCUACAUGGCCAUGAGAAGUACCUUGUACACAUGUUUUUCCACAAUAAAAUAUGUGAUGAAAAACAUGUUAUACAAGGUAGGAAAUCCACACCGCCUUUGUAUUUCAGUAUGGUUGGGAGUACUUUGUUCUGAACAAUAUCUGUCACCACCAGCAAAAAGUAGCCUGUAUUUAUAAGCAUUAGUAAUGGUAACACAAGCCUUGUAGAUAAUGUAGUACCCAUAGUAGUAGUUGAUGCACACCCAUCCAAGAUGCUGGGACAGUCCGAGUCUUUAGCAGGGUAUGGUGUGGAUACAUUUACCUGUUUUUUACUUUUCAGGCAAGUCUGGAAUACAUCAAUUAUGGAGUUUAUUUAAAUAAAUAUAUAAGCAAGCAAAUAAGUUAGUUGAUAAAUAAUGUAAGUUUAUUAGUAUUGGAUCCCAGAUUGCAAUUGCUUGGUUUUGCCUCUGCAUUGCGCUUGUGAUUAAUUGAUAUCAACAUAAAGUGGUUGUGUUUCUUUAGUAUUUAUCUUUGAGAUAUUUGCAUAAACAAUCUUGAUUUAUAUUGAACACAUCUCAAUUUUCCAACAACCUGGGUUUUAACACUGAAAGCAACUUAUAACUUAGCAGAUCGUUCCAUUAAAAUAAGCCACAAAAAAGUAUUGCAAGCAGAUGUAUUUAUGUUUGCUUUCUGUGUGACCAUUUUUCAGCAGGCAGUUGUUUAUGUUUCUUUGUUGUAAAUUAAGUUUUCUUCUUGGUCAAAAUAUGAACCUUAACUGGGAUUAUUUAACUAUUCAAAAUAAGUUUUUUUAUUUCAUAAUUUAAAAUACUGCAUAAUUGCUUAAUUUAACAACCCUUCCUAUUUAAUUUGUCUUCUGUUAUUGUAUACAGAGAGCAUGAUUUAUGUUUGAAUAUGAUGUAGCUGAGUUAAUGUCCAGUAACCAGUAGGUAAUCCAGUCUGUGUUUAUAAAAUGUACUAGGUACGAGCUCUUCAUGUUUAUAUUUGUGAAGUGAUACAAACUCUAGGUUUAAUAAUAUAUCAUGACUUUUUGUUUCAUAGAGUAAAAUGUGACUUCUUGUGUGACACAAAAACUUUGCACAAUUUCAUAAAUUCCUCUCAUGAAUUGAACAAAAUGUAUGCAGUUAGUAAGCAAACGAAUAGCAAUGAACUGAAAUAAAUGACUGGAUUCACGUUUUUCUUUUUCCCCCCAGUCAUUUUACUGUUUUAAUUGAUGGCAUGUUGGUAUUUAGCAAACGUUUAACAAAAUAAAUGUAACUUUUAUAAAAUAAACAGAUUUUUUAUUCAACAAACAA